AUGCCCGAGCCCCACCAAAUCCACCAACCCCCGCCCCCGCCCCCGCCUCCAACCGAUCCAAACCCCGUUGCCUCCACGGCUGCAAAUGCCCGGCGCAAUCCGGCCCCGCUGCCGCUGCCGCUGCCGGAGAUCCCGGUGCCGCCGGUGCAGCCGAAGAUGAUCAUAAAGGGGAUGCUGGGCCGGUAUGAGCGGUGGAACCCCGUGCACCCGACGGCGGGCGCCUUCUGGGGCGUCGGGCUGGGGUUCGGCUGCGGCGUCGGGUGGGGCCCAGGGUUUGGGCCGGAGGUCAUCGGCUACGUCGGCGCCGGAUGCGGCGUUGGCUUCAGCGUCGGCAUCACGCUCGCCGGUGUCGGCGUCGGGCUGCCACAGCACGGCAUCAUCAAGAACCACUACCACGGCGGCGGUUUUGCAAGCAAUGUCCCAUUCGAAUCAGCAAGGUUUUACCUCUUGACCAUGCUAAAAGGUAUGGUAUGGGAUGCCAUCAGUUAUGCGAGCAACGUCACAGCUAUGAGGAAAGAAUCUCGACAGAAGCUUUUAAGAUGUCAGGAGAACCCUCAAGUUUCAGGAGUUGAUCUGCCCAAGCUGGGGAAAGGAAUGUCCAGCAGCUUCCGAUCAACGAUGGAGUGUAUCAAGGCCUUCACAAAUCAGAAUUGGCCUCCAUAG